AUGGGUCAAACAUCAACUCAUCAUCGCUCCAACUUUAGUUCAUUUAAUAGUUCCGACUAUUAUGAUAUUGAUAAAGACGAUUGCGCUGUUGCCGACGAACCAAAAUUCCCAAGUAGUCUAGGUAUAACCCUUGCUGUACCAGAAUGGGAGGCUAUUUGUACAGCUGUUAUUCUUACGCUGAUUAUUAUAUCAACAAUAAUAGGAAAUAUCUUAGUAAUUCUUAGUGUGUUCACGUAUAAACCUUUAAGAAUUGUUCAAAACUUCUUCAUAGUAUCAUUAGCUGUAGCGGAUUUAACUGUAGCUAUUUUAGUUCUACCUUUAAAUGUAGCUUAUUCUAUAUUAGGACAAUGGGUGUUUGGUAUAUAUGUUUGCAAAAUGUGGCUGACAUGUGAUAUUAUGUGUUGUACUUCGUCUAUUUUAAAUCUAUGCGCAAUAGCACUUGAUCGUUAUUGGGCGAUAACAGAUCCUAUAAACUACGCCCAGAAAAGAACUCUAGGUAGAGUUCUAUUUAUGAUCGGUAUUGUAUGGAUAUUGUCACUUAUAAUUAGUUCACCGCCGUUACUAGGAUGGAACGAUUGGCCGGAUGUAUUCGAACCGGAUACACCUUGCCGGUUAACUUCUCAACCGGGUUUUGUUAUUUUCUCAUCAUCUGGAUCAUUUUAUAUACCACUCGUAAUAAUGACCGUUGUUUAUUUUGAGAUUUAUUUAGCAACUAAAAAAAGAUUACGAGAUCGAGCUAAAGCAACUAAGAUAAGUACGAUUUCGAGUGGUCGUAACAGAUUAGCUUCCAAAAAUAGUGACCAAAAUGACCAAGAUUCAGUCAGUUCUGAUGGAAAUCAUGAACACCAAGGAGUUACUCGUCUAGUAUCAGAUAAUGACCAUAAGCAUAAAAGAUCAAAAAAGUCUACACCAAAGAAUAAGCCUAAAAGAAAAUAUUGGAGUAAAGACGAUAAAUCUCAUAAUAAAUUAAUAAUACCUAUUCUAUCCAAUGAUAACUCGAUUACGGACGCGGGGGAUAACGCAGAAAACAGGAACACGUCAUCUGAAAGUAAUUCUAAAGAGACACAAGAUGAUGAAAUAAUAGAAGUAAAGGAGACUGCGAUAAAGAAAAGUCAUAAACGAUGUAAAACAACACAAGAGAACACUGUUUAUCAAUUUAUUGAAGAAAAACAACGUAUUUCUUUGACAAGAGAACGUCGCGCUGCGAGAACUCUUGGCAUUAUAAUGGGAGUGUUCGUGGUUUGUUGGCUUCCUUUCUUCGUAUUAUAUCUCGUUAUACCAUUUUGCAACAAUUGUUGUUUAUCAGGAAAGUUUAUUAAUUUUAUUACUUGGCUUGGAUAUAUCAAUUCUGCAUUAAAUCCAUUAAUUUAUACGAUUUUCAAUAUGGAUUUCAGAAGAGCUUUUAAAAAGUUACUUUGUAUUAAGUGA